CAGUGGGAGGGCGGAAUGCGCGAAAAGUUUGUGGUGAUCCCCGCGUCUUGUUGUCAUCUUGUUCAUCUCUCCCCUUUGAUUUUGACGAGAGCCCGCUGGAUCUUUACUCAGUGGGUCAAGGGAAAAGGACACGGGUGAGAAGAAGAGCAUUUCCAGGACUCUUAAGAUCUUUGCCUUGGAGGAGUCAGUGAAGAGCUCAAACUAAACUUUCCAGGUGAAAUACCCUUUUAUUUCCUUUCCUCAUCUGCCGGCUGGGAUGAGGGGGCUCAGGAGCCUUCGUGUCGGCCUCCUGUUGAUCAUCUUAUCCACUGCCUUUGGUGUUUACAUCCCUCCUCACGUCGAGCAACCGCCAACCAUCACCAUUCAGACUUCGGGCUCUCUCAUUGCCUUACCGUAUGAUGACAGCUACAUCCUCAAAUGUGAAGCCAAAGGCAACCCAAAACCAACUUACCGCUGGACAAAAGAUGGAGCAGAUUUUAACCCACAUCAAGAUACUCGACUUGCAACAGAAGAGACCAGUGGGACUUUUGUGAUACCGAACAUAAAAGAAAAAGUGAAAUUCCAGGGAAAGUAUAGAUGUUAUGCCUCGAACAAACUUGGAACUGCGAUAUCAGAGGAAACAGAAUUUAUUGUACCAAGUACGCCCAAGUUCCCCAAGGAGAAGAUGCAGCCAGUGGUUGUAAUGGAGGGAGAAUCAGUGAUUUUGGAGUGUAACCCACCAAAUGGGGUUCCACCUCGGCAACUCUACUGGAUGACCUUAGAUCUUAAGCACAUCGUGCAGAACGAGAGGGUGUCCAUGGGCCUUAAUGGAAACUUGUAUUUCUCUAACACACUGGCGUCAGACAGCAAAGAUGACUACUGCUGCUUCGCCUCCUUUCCCAAGAUACGCACGAUCGUUCAGAAACAGCCCACAGCCUUGAGGGUCAGGACAAUAAACUCAAGCCAGGAUGAUGACUAUGUCAUGGAUAUGGAGAGGAAGCCGACCAUUAUACAGUCAUCCAGUCAAACAAGCCAUCUUAAAAGAGGAGAUGAACUUCAGCUGGAGUGUAUCUCAAUAGGACUCCCAACACCUAAAAUGGAAUGGACCAAGAUUGGGGGCACCUUACCAAAGCAGACAAAUAUCAAGAACUUUGGGAAACUUUUGACAAUAUCGAGCGUUACGCAAGCGGAUGAGGGAAAUUACACGUGCAAGGCACAAAAUACACUUGGAGAAGAAGUUCAUCACUUCCAAGUUUUUGUAGAGGAGCCCCCCAGCUGGCAGGAAGAGCCGGUAAAGGAUCACUUGGCAGAAAUUGGGUCUGACAUCCACAUCAAGUGUUCUGCUACAGGAAACCCACAACCCUCAAUCACCUGGAAGAGAAACGGGCAGCCUCUGGAUGAUUUGCCUUCCACAAAUCACGAAGUGCGGGAUGACAGCAUAAUCUUACACAGAGCUCAGAAGAGCGACAGUGCAGUAUACCAGUGUGAGGCCUCCAACAGACACGGGACCAUAACAGCCAAUGCAAAUGUCCUAGUCAUGAAUCAUCCCCCUUUGAUUUUGACGCAGAAUUAUCUGGAGUAUGCAACCAUGCUGGGGAGGAGUGUGAUUAUGGAUUGUGAAGUUUUUAGCUCUCCGUCUGCCACCAUUCAUUGGAGAAGAGAAGACCCAGAGGGCUCUCUAGAUGGGGAAAGAUUUUCUCUCCUAAAGAACGGCUCCCUGCAGAUUCACAAAGUUGAAAAUGAAGACAUGGGCCAGUACAAAUGUUUCGCAAAAAACUCAGAGGACACAGCCAGCAUCUUCACCGAGCUUUUCAUUAAAGCUUCAACUAGGAUUGUAGAAGCUCCUCAUGAUAAAGAGGUGAAAAGAGGAUCUGUGGCUGAACUGGAAUGCGAGGUGGAGGGUGACCCAACCCUGAAUAGAGAACUGGAGGUCCUGUGGUUUAAGGAUGGGAUAAAAAUCAUCUCCAACAUCUCAGAAGGAUAUUUCAUAGAUGAUGGGACUUUCCAGAUUACCAAUGUAAGACAUAGUGACCAAGGAAAUUAUACAUGCAUUGCUCGAACAUCGCUGGACCAAGUUGAGGCUUCUGCAUUUCUUACUGUGUUAGAUGUCCCUGAUCCACCUGUCCAGUUGACGUUGACUGACACGAAAGAGCGAAGCGUGAAGCUCAAUUGGGAACGGGCUGAUGAUCACAACAGCCCCAUUACAGAGUUCAUCAUCCAGUAUGAAGAGAACCAUUGGGAGCCGGAGAAGUGGAAGGACCUUCUGCGAGUCGCCAGCAGUCAGACCUCAGCCCCCUUGUCGCUAUACUGCCACAUUAACUACCGCUUCAGAGUCAUCGCCGUCAACGCUAUUGGAGGGAGCGAUCCCAGCAUGCCCUCUGAAAGACACAAGAUUUCUUCUUGUGCUCCUGACAGGAACCCGGAAAACAUUAGGAUUGAGGGUCACCUGCCACAUCAGAUGGACAUCAGCUGGGAGCCGCUGUUGCCUGUGGAGCACAACGGUCCUGAUCUGGAAUAUAAACUGAGCUACAGGCUCAUGGGUGUUGAGGACAGUUGGAAAGAACAGAUGGUGAAGAGACACUCAUUUUUGGUGGAAAACACCCCAACGUUCGUUCCUUACGAGAUCAAGAUCCACGCCCACAACAGGCACGGUUGGGCACCAGAACCCAGGGUGGUGACCGGAUAUUCUGGGGAAGACCUGCCCUCAGCCGCCCCAGAGAAAGUGUCUGUGGAGGUUUUGAACUCCACACUGUUGAAGGUCAGCUGGUCACCGGUGCCUCAGGCCACUUUGAGAGGUCAUCUUGUAGGAUACACGGUGAACUUGUGGCAGAUUCAAAGUCUUUUGACCUCUAAAAGAAUCCCCUCAGAGAAGCAGUCUCUCACCAUCCUUGGAAAUAGGAGUCACACCAUGGUGCCAGGAGUGAAGCCUUACUCUGAAUAUAACCUGACUGUCAACGUCUUCAACAGGAAAGGGAACGGGCCAAGCAGCGCUGCCAUCUCUUUCACAACUCCACAGGGAGUCCCUGACAAACCUCCCAUACUGAGGGCUACAAACUUUCAGAAAAACUCCAUCACACUGGUGUGGGCGCCUCCACAUGAAGCCAAUGGCUUUCUCACGGGUUACCUGCUGCAAUUCCAGACAAUUAAUGAGACCCUGGGCGAGCUCAACUCUGUGAACAUCAGCUCUCCAGACACGACACAGUGGGUCGUUCAUGAUCUGGAGGAAGACAACCAGUAUAAGUUUUAUCUGAGCGCCUGUACACGGGUGGGCUGCGGGUCAGCCGUCAGUGAGGAGGUAGUAACCAGCCCAGAAUCACUUUAUAGUAGGAAUGUACCGGCAUCCCAGCAGUGGCUUGUGGGAAUUAUGUGUGUGAUGGCGUUGCUAACUCUGCUCGCCCUCAUCGCCUGUUUCGUGUUCAAGAAAAAAGCCGGCAAGUACCCAGUAAAGGAAAAGGAGAACAUUCCGGCUGAUCCAGAAUCUUGCGGCAUGAACGAGGAUGCUCCAUGCGACUGCAGUGAUGAAAAACCUUUAAAGCAAAGCCAGCAGUUGUUGGGAGGCAUCAAGGAGGAUGACAGCAGCGAAGACAGCUCCACUAUAUCGGAGGACGAAGACUGCGAGUUCAACGAAGACGGGUCGUUCAUCGGUGAAUACUCGGGUUACAGGCGCAAGGUGUCAUUGGAGACGAACGGAUACCCGCCUCUCACUUAUUAACAUGCUGGUUUAACCUAAGGGACUUCACAGGGAGAAAGAAAUGUUUGUGUGUGUGUGUGCGACUGAGUUUGUUUAUGCGUGAAUGGCUAAUUCUUUACAGUGUUAACAUGAAGGGCGAAAGGUUAAAAGAAUAGUUGAGCGUUUACUCACCCUAAUGGACUUUGUUGCUUGUGGAGCAGAAGUUGCUUAGGCAAUGCUAACCAGGAGUUGUCACUUCCAAAUUGACGUAAAGUACCAUAAAAUACUCCUUUAUUACUCUAUUGCAAGUCUUCUGAAGCCAUAAAAUAGUUUCAUGUGCCUUUCAGUAUAUUUUCUCAUCUCCUGCAGCUUCCAAACCUCUUUUAUAUUUGUGUAUUUUUGUAUUUUGUAUGUAUAUAAACAUGGCAUGUCAAGCAUACGGCCAAACAUCUACUGUAUUUAAAAAAAUGAUUUUAACUACGUAAUGGUGAAUCAGCAAUGACAGAGUUUUCUUUAUUGGGUAAACUAUGACAGUAAAGAUCAGUUUGGGUUUUAUUAAACCUCACUUGCUGGCUUGUCUUACACCAAAACAAACACGCUGCUUUGUGCAUCUUCAAAUUAAUGUGAAUUGCAAGGUUGGAUUAGAUAACUUUUCACUUUUUCUGCAGAAGAAGAAUAAGCAAUUCAAGGUCUGUCACAAAAUUGAUAUCUUGACAGCACAAUUUUCGGCUACACGUUCGCUUGUGUGUGUAAUCGCAUAACCUCUCUGCUCGCCUCUCAGCCAAAUACUGACACCAUGAGACAAAACAAUUAUAUUCAGACUGUUUAUAUAUAUAUUUAUAUAUAGCAUGGUGAGAUUCAAGAUUGUCUCAUGAGUUUUAUCAACGCUAUUUCAUGGCAAUUCGUACUGUACGUAUUUUACGAGGUGGCUAAUUCGUAAUAACUCAUAUGAUCAGAUCCGUACAUUUCUGUACAAUUUUCCCCACUAAGGGGUUAGGGCUGGGGUUUUGUUAUUGUUUAUUUUUAUGAUAAUUGUAUGUUUUUUGGAUGAUUCACUUCAAAUUAAUAUGAAUUAGGCAACUCGUAGAAUAUGUAUGAAUUCUUGUGAGUUCAAACUGGUUUUAUUUAAGUCCCCCAAUAUUGUUGUCUUUAGCAAGCGUACAAUUUAGUAUCAUUUUUGUCUGAAAUAAGAUGAUUCAAGAACAAUUGAUUAAAAAUCCACAUCUACAUUGUAAAAAUAGUUGGUUUAAAAACCCCUUAAGUGGCGCUGCCCCGUGAGCGGGACACCAGAGUUUACUUUAAUAUUUUGCAUGUAAAUUUUUAUCUAUCACGACAAACUAUGUAUCAUUGGAAAGGUCUAAGAGUCAAGAAUACACAUUUCCAGUGUUUUAUAAAAUAAAUUAUGUAGGGAGAGUAUUUGAUUUAUUUAUGAAGGGAGUGUGCCUCAAAACAUUUAUAUCCUGCGAAAUAUCACUGUCCCGCCAUCGCAUGUUUACUUAGUGUUAUGCAUGUUAAUUCUUAUCCAAUCAUGACAAGCUAUAUAUUGUUUGAAAGGUUUAAGAGUGUAGAUUUCAUCAUGUUGGUAUAGGAAUGACCUAGCGAGAACCAUUUUCUAAAAUGCCACAGGUGGGCCCACUUUGUUAUUAUAUAUUUGUAACACUAAUACCCUGUUCAAAACUUUAACAAUCUUGACAAACUAUAUAUUGUUGGAAAGAUCAAAAAGUGUAGCAUCACGUCAUAUUUCAUCACAAUUUGGGGAAAAUUAUGAUAUAGUGAGAGUCAGUUUCUAAAAGGUCACAGGUCCACAGGUUGGCCAAAUUAGUUUUUUACAUAUUUAAAACACUAAAACUCUCUAAACCUAAAGAUCAUGACAAACUAUCAGUGAUGUGCGCGUUGAUCCGAAAUGAGCGGGUGCCUGCUGUCACUCGCGGUUACCUGCGGUUACGGGUCAUCCAAAAUUUUUUUUAAUGAUUCGGGUCGCGGUUGGUCGGGUCGUUUGAAAUAAAGAUGCCAAUGAACUAUUUUAAACAAUUACUGCUUUUAAAAAAUGCGUGCAAGGGAGCGGGUCGGGUACAAUAUUUUUUUUUUGCGGUCCGAGUUGCGGACGGUUAGUUGAAAAUGUUGGUCUGGUGCGGGUUGUUUAUACAUUGACCUGCGCAUCGCUGCAAACUAUAUAUCACUGGAAAGCUCUAUCACUGAAAAAUUUCAAUUUCAUAUUUCAAUGUCAUCUGAUGAUAGAAAUAAUGUAGUGACAGGUUUUUUGUUAUGACCUCCCUCAUACACUGAAAAAAUUGAUUCAUUUAAUUUACUCAAUUUGUUUAAGAUAAGUGGUUGCAAUUAAUUUAUCUAAGCUAAAUUUUAACAAAAAAGAUUAGUAAAGUAAAAUAAAAUAUAAAACUUUUGUUUAAAUGUAGCUUAAAUAAAUUGAUUGCAACCACUUACCUUUAAAAAAAAUUUGAUUAAAUUCAAUGAAUCUUUUUUUUCAGUGUAGGAAUGCAUAUUUAUUAUUAUUUAUUCAUAACACUAUAUCCUAAAUCUUUAAAAAUGUUGACAAACUAUAUAUCAUUGGAAAGCUCUUAGAAUGUUGUUUUCAUAUUUCAAAACAUUUUAUCAUUAAUAAUAAUGCAGUGACAGUUAUUUAUUAAUUUGUGACAAGAGUAUGCAGCAAAUUGUUGACACCUAGUGCCCAUUUUUGGUAAAACCACUAAAAGUGUGACACAAACCUCAUUUUUUUAUUUUAACUUGAAAUUUGGAUCUUGAGAUUUAUGACUUACAUUAUAACUGUUUUUUAAAAUAUUUACAUUUUUAUAAUUGUAUUCAUAAAAAUAAUGUGUUAUUGAUUUUUUUUUCUUAAAAUAAAUUUAAACUGCUAUAACUAUUUUUUAUUUAAUAUUUUCACCUCCAGACACAUCUGUGAAAAACCCUAAAGUGUCUUCUUUAAAACAAGGGCAAUACUAUGCUUCUAGACCAAAAAAAUACCAGAGUUAUAUUUAUUUGAAUGUGUACAUCACAUUUUCUUCCCCCUCCCCCAAUCAAAAGGGAUCUGCGCCACUUAAGAGGUUUAUGUAAAAAGUUACCCGGUUGUUAAUCCAAAUAUGUUAGUUGACAAUAUUUUUACACUAAGCGUUUUUGAGUCAACUAAUAUUUUUAAGUCAAAUCAACUAAACAUUUUAACUUUUAGGUUGAACCAACAAAUCCUUUUUCCCCAGUGUAUUAAUAUACAGUAUGAAUGUGUCUGGGUCACAGCAGCUUGUGAAUCCCGCAAGCCAUAUUUAUUAUUAUUGUAUAAAUACAACCGUUCUGCUGAUAUAAGAGAUUUUUUGUAAGAUUUUGCUAUAUUUAAAAAUAAAUAUGCGAGAGGUAAAGCAUACUUUAAUUUUUAAUGCUGUUUUUGCAUUCUGCAUAAUGUAAAUAAGAGGUGUUUUUAUUUUUUGAAUUUCUCUUUUUCCAUUUUUCUUUAGCGCAUUUCAUUCCAAUUUCUGUGUGAUAUGUAUGUUGGUACUAAAUACUUUGUUGUAGAAUAUUCUGUGCAAAAUAUUCCUACGUAAGUCAUUUGUCAAGAAUCACGUUUAUUUCUUCAUUUCCUUUAUAUUCAUGUAUUCAUGAAUAGGCAGCAAAACUGAUUUAAUAAACUGUUACAUUUCCAUUCUA